GUUUUAAAAUAAAAACAUGUGUUAAGACUAUUGUGUUUUUUCUAACAUAUGCUCUUCAUAUGUUGUUAGUUUUUUAAAUUGUCACAUUUUAAUCUUUAUCCAUUUUACCUUUAGGGGAUUUUCAAAAGUAUUUAGUUAGUUUCAAUGUUCUAAUUUGAAAGUACCAAAGUACAGCUAACUGACAGCUUAUAUGCAAUAAUCGUUGGUUUGUUUUUGCCAAAACAAGGGCCGCUUUAAAAUACUGAAUCUGAACUGAGUAUAACAAAAUGGUAGAAGUGCAACAACAAGACUUACCGAGGGCGACACCAGCAUGGCCACCAGGCCACCAGUAUGGUCUACCAUGCAAAUGUCAGCAAAUCUGUGGGAAAAAGAGAAUGCGGUACAUCCAACCGGCAAUACCGAUUUCAUACAAACCUUUGAAGGUAUACAGACCACCAGAGAUAAAAAUGCCCGAUGGGACUACCUACAACAUGUCAUAUGAAGCAUUUGAUCCGAAAUUAAUAAGGACCUGCAGAGGCAAACCAUCAUUUACUAAGGAGAAUUUAUCGACAUCAGGAGCAUUUUCAGAUAAAACUACUCAUAAGAUGAGCUACGGGGCAUGGCCGAAUUUGAAAAGGCCCGAGAUCCAAUACCCAAAGGAUCACAAAUUAGUCGGUGAUGGGCCAAUUUCUGAAAUGACCACCAACCGCCAUGAUUAUACUCCAAAACCAUUAGAGGCGAUACGAAAAAUCAUACAGCCUUGCGCUCUUGGGAUGUCCAAGUCAAAAAUGGAAAAUGCUACAAUUCAUACAAUGUCAUAUAAAAAUCCUGACAUGUCGCGUUUUGAGCCUCCUCAAUCUUAUAAACCCAUCAAAACAUAUUUCCCUCCGGAUUCACCGCUCGAGGGAGAAACCGUCCAUAGAUUAUCAUAUAUGCCUUGGGAACUGCCACCAAAGGAAGAUAUGCCUUGGACAAAGAAAGGAAGUUAUCAGAAACCUUGUAUACCAUUGGACGGAAAUACAAUCUACAAUGGAAGCUAUAUUCCACCAGGAAGAUUGGAAGAAGACCCUCUUGGACAUUGCAUUGGGUGCUAUUGCUUAACCCCUAUCGAAUGCCUUAACAGCGAAGGUGACCCACCGAAAAAUACUCUAGUUUGUCCAGAAGGUGUUGACCCAAAUAGUGACCAAAGGAAUACUGAUAACAAUGACCAAGUAGCCAAAGCAGAUGUCUGCCCAGACCCAAAAUGCGGAACGGAAGCAGGAAACGUAGAGGAUAAGGUGCUUGGCUGUUAGAAGAUGUUACCCAAUUUGUCAGAACCUGAAACUUUUGGAAAACUGCAGAUCUAAAAUCAUGCUCUAUGAAAAAGGCUUCCUUUAAUACAAGAUUAUAAUGGAAAGUGGAUUUCAAAUUUGCUAUUUGAACACGAGAAUGCCCGGAAACUGACUGCAAGUUGUGUCGUUGUUAAAUGUUUGUUACAAUGAUGUUGUUUUCAAUAAAUGUAGUCUCGUGCA